AUGCAUCCAGUUACUCUAAUUAAAAAUAUAGAGUGUGUUGAAUGUGGAUCACUCUGUUAAAAAGAUGAUCUCUAUCAUUUGGCUUAUGAAUUUAUAAUUAAACAUUUUGAGAUGAAUCCCAAUACUAAUCCAAUCAUUAAUGAUAACAUCUUAGUUCUUAAACCAAAAUCCUUUGUUGUAAGUCAAGAUCACAUUAGAGACAUACAUUCUCAUAUACCUCCACUUAUUAUUAAGCUCUAUCCCUAAAUCACUGUAACACUUUAUGAAUAGAUGAAAGUUAAUGAUGCCUUCUUAAUCAAAACUAUACUAGUUUGUGAAUCCUGCUUUCUGAAAUACAGUUCUUCAAACUCAACAUUGUCUGGCUCAAGUUAGAGAGUAGCAAAGCAAAAGACGAUGUCAGUAAGAUUGAAGAGUGCCAGCAUAUUACAGAGGAAACCAGAAAUCAAGGAAUAUCUAUUUUAAUAAAAUUUAGAUCUCAUUCAAUAAAGAAAAGAAGCCUUUUUUAAAUCAAAUAGCAACAAGCAAUCAUUUAAUAGUAACUCUUAAUUCUCUACUGCAUUAAAUACUCAUUCAGCCUCUCAUAAAUAUAAGUUGUCACUAGAAAGCAAUUUCGAUUAAAUUAGUUUUUAAUUAAAUACUGCUAGAUGA